GAGCCGGAGCCGGAGGCGGGGCCCGCCGUGUCGCGUAGCAGCGGGGACGCGGAGGCGGUGGCAUGGCGGAUGCGGCGGCGCCGGAGCAGGCCCGGGAUGAGGCCGCGGCCGGCGCUGAGGAGACCGUGAAGAUCAUCUGCCUGGGCGACAGCGCCGUGGGCAAGUCCAAGCUGCUGGAGAGGUUCCUGCUCGACGGCUUCCGCCCCCAGCAGCUCUCCACCUUCGCCCUGACGCUCUACAAGCACCGUGCUCGGGUGGACGGGCAGGCGGUCCUCGUGGACUUCUGGGACACAGCUGGACAGGAGAGGUUCCAGAGCAUGCAUGCAUCCUAUUACCAUAAGGCUCAUGCUUGUAUCAUGGUGUUUGAUGUGCAGCGGAAAGUCACCUACAAGAACUUAAACAGCUGGUACAAGGAGCUGAGAGAAUUCCGCCCAGAGAUUCCUUGCAUUGUGGUGGCCAACAAAAUUGAUGCGGAUGUGAAGGUGACCCAGAAAAGCUUCAACUUUGCCCGGAAGUUCAGUUUGCCCUUUUACUUUGUGUCUGCUGCAGAUGGCACCAAUGUAGUGAAGCUCUUCAAUGAUGCUAUCAAACUGGCAGUUGCUUACAAACAGAAUUCAGGAGAUUUCAUGGACGAGGUCAUGCGAGAACUGGAGAGCUUUGACCUGCAGAAGAAGAGUGAGAAUUCGUUGGAUAAAGAGAGCUGCCCUGAAGAGAAGCCCCCAUCUGCCUAAGCCCUGGACCCUGAGUCUGUUUUUCCAUUCGCUCUAGAUUUCUGGGGCUAGUUAGAGCUGGCCUUCACAGAGGAAAGUGAUUUUUCUCAUGCCCUGAGAGCUCUGGUGAUGGGCAGCUGGGCCUCUCCCCUUCUUGUGGGAGACUGUCUGAGCAUGACCUUCCUUGACUCGGCCCUAGCCACUGCACAUCACGGUCAAGGAAAGGGUGAAAGUAUCCACAUGGUUGCUAGUUACUGCAUGCUUCUUCAAGGCAAAUCUUGCCAGGAGAGCGAAGGCACUCUUGGACCCGCAGGGAAGGGUCCUGCCCAGAUGCUUUAAUGGUACCUACUGGAGAAAACAAACACUAAAGAAUUUUUUUUAUAAA